UAAAAACCAUGACAUGGGUUUGUUUCAAAAAUUAGCUUAUUUUUUGGGCGUGAAGAGGAAGGAAGUGAAUGUUUUAGUGGUUGGUCUAAAUAAUAGUGGAAAGUCCACUGUCGUAAACAGAUUUAAAAAUGAAGAGGAAAGAGUUACACAAAUCGUACCCACUGUAGGGUUUACUAUCGAAAGAUUUCAAAAUCAAAACUUGGCAUUCACUGCCUUUGACAUGUCCGGCCAUGGUCGCUACAGAGAUCUAUGGGAGCAUUACUACAAGGACUGCCACGGAAUAAUUUUCGUGAUCGACAGCGGUGACCGGCUUCGUUUGGUCGUGGUAAAAGAAGAACUGGACCUUUUAUUGCAACAUCCGGACGUUUGCAAUAAAAAGAUACCAAUCUUGUUUUUCGCUAAUAAAAUGGACUGCAAGGAUGCGCUUAGUAGCGUCAAAAUUGCGGCUGCUUUGGGGUUGGAUAAAAUCAUGGACAAACCGUGGCAUAUUUCGGCCAGUAAUGCGUUAUCUGGCGAAGGGUUAAACGAAGGGGUCGAAUGGUUGACACAGCAAAUCAGGGAAAUUGUCAUGGCUAAAAAUUAGAUUUAAGAAGAUUUAAAGGAGGUAAUAAUAUUUAUGGUUUAUGUUUUGGUUGUUUUGUACGGUUAGAUAUAAGUUUACGUUAAUAAAGG